CCUCGCUUCACGUCGGUCACCUCUCCCCUCCAGCAGCUCAGCGGGACCGCUCCGGGGCGGGCGGCGCAGUAUGGCAUCCGCCUAACCCCGGCCAGCGCAACAGAGCCCGGGGCUGCUCUUUCACCGCCGGGAUGAACGACAGCAGCGAAGGGACCGUCAGCCUGCCGGUGCCCGGCCCGCCCGGCGGCGGGACGCCCUGCGAGGAGGUACUCGGCAGGAGAGCGCCCGGGGCCGACACGGGCGCCCGCAGCCUCCCGCCCGACUUGGCUGCGCCGCCGCCCGCCGCUCUCUGGGCUGAGGACGCCGCCGCCGCCGCCGCCUGCCCGAGCACCGCGGCGCGGGCCAAGGGUGGCGGCCGGCGGACCGCGGUCACCUACGUGAUCAACGAGGCGAGCCAGGGGCCGCUGCUGGCGGCGGAGAGCGGCGCCCUGCAGAGCCUGCGUGAGGCGUGCGAGGCGGUGGGGGCCUCGCUGGAGACCCUGCACUUCGGCAAGCUGGACUUUGGCGAGACGGCGGUGCUGGACCGCUUCUAUAACGCAGAUAUUGCUGUGGUAGAGAUGAGUGAUGCCUUCCGUCAACCUUCCCUGUUCUACCAUCUGGGAGUCAGGGAGAGCUUCAGCAUGGCUAACAACAUUAUCCUCUACUGUGACACAAAUGCAGAGUCUCUGCAGUCACUGAAGGAAAUUAUUUUCCAGAAGAAUAAUAUGUGCACUGGGAACUACAUAUUUGUUCCUUAUAUGAUAACUCCACAUAACAAGGUGUACUGCUGUGAUAGCAGUUUCGUGAAGGGACUCACAGAGCUGAUGCCACCUGGUUUUGAGUCUCUGCUUGGGCCUAUUUGCUUACCUCUGGUGGAUCGAUUUAUUCAGCUCUUGAAGGUGGCACAGGCCAGUUCCAGCCAGUAUUUCCGGGAGUCCAUUCUGAACGACAUCAGAAAGGCCCGGACACUUUACACGGGCAAAGAGCUCGCGGCAGAGCUGGCAAGGAUUCGACAGCGAGUCGAUAACGUUGAAGUCUUGUCUGCUGACAUCGUCAUAAACUUGCUGCUGUCCUACAGAGACAUCCAGGAUUACGAUUCCAUUGUGAAAUUGGUGAAAACUUUAGAAAAACUGCCCACUUUUGACUUGGCUUCCCACCACCAUGUGAGGUUGCAUUAUGCAUUUGCACUAAACAGGAGAAAUCUGCCUGGAGACAGACAGAAAGCUCUAGAAAUUAUGAUUCCCCUUGUAGAGCAGGAAGACCAAGUAGCUUCAGAUAUGUACUGCCUGGUUGGUCGAAUUUACAAGGACAUUUUUUUGGAAUCUGGGUUCAUAGAUAUAGAAAGCAGGGACAAAGCAACUUUCUGGUUCAAGAAGGCGUUUGAAUCAGAGCCAACGUUACCAGCAGGAAUUAAUUAUGCAGUACUCCUCCUGGCAGCUGGACAUUGCUUUGAUACUUCCUUUGAGCUGCGGAAAGUUGGAGUAAAGAUCAGCAGCCUGCUUGGUAAAAAGGGGAGCUUGGAGAAACUGCAAAGCUAUUGGGAAGUGGGAUCUUUCUUGGGGGCCAGUAUGUUGGCUAAUGAUCAUAUACGAGUGAUCCAGGCUUCAGAAAAGCUGUUUAAACUAAAGGCACCAGCAUGGUACCUGAAGUCUAUUGUAGAGACUAUUUUGAUAUAUCAGCAUUUUAAGAAACUGACCCCAGAGCAACAUACAGCCAAACAGGAACUUGUGGACUUCUGGAUGGACUUCCUUGUUGAAGCCACGAAGACAGAUGUGACUGUAGUUCGAUUUCCAGUUUUAAUAUUAGAACCAACAAAAAUCUAUCAGCCCUCAUAUCUCUCCAUCAACAGUGAAGCUGAGGAGAAGACAGUAUCCAUCUGGCACGUGCUCCCUGAUGACAAGAAAGGUAUCCAUGAGUGGAACUUCUGUGCUGCUUCUAUUAGGGGGGUAAGCAUUUCAAAGUUUGAAGAACGGUGCUGUUUCUUGUACGUGCUGCACAACUCGGAUGACUUUCAAAUCUAUUUCUGCACAGAACUUCAUUGUAGAAGAUUUUUUGACAUGGUGAACAGUAUCACUGAAGAAAUGGGGAAGACUACAGAGGAAGGGGAAUGUGAUGGAGACUCUCUAGAGUAUGAUUAUGAGUAUGAUGAGAACGGUGAGCGAGUCAUUCUGGGAAAAGGAACGUACGGCAUUGUGUAUGCAGGACGAGAUCUGAGCAAUCAAGUCAGAAUUGCUAUCAAAGAAAUCCCAGAGAGAGACAGCAGAUACUCCCAACCUCUGCAUGAAGAAAUAGCUUUGCAUAAGCAUCUCAAACAUAAGAACAUUGUCCAGUAUUUAGGUUCUCUUAGUGAGAAUGGCUUCAUCAAAAUAUUCAUGGAACAGGUGCCAGGUGGCAGUCUUUCUGCUCUUCUACGAUCAAAAUGGGGACCAUUAAAAAAUAAUGAGCAGACAAUUGGCUUUUACACCAAGCAGAUUCUUGAAGGAUUAAAAUACCUCCACGAUAAUCAAAUAGUGCAUCGAGACAUAAAGGGUGAUAACGUGCUUAUCAACACAUACAGUGGAGUGUUAAAGAUUUCGGACUUUGGAACUUCAAAGAGACUUGCAGGAAUCAAUCCUUGUACUGAAACCUUCACUGGUACCCUCCAGUAUAUGGCACCAGAGAUCAUAGACAAAGGGCCACGUGGCUAUGGGAAGGCUGCAGACAUCUGGUCUUUGGGAUGCACAAUCAUUGAGAUGGCAACAGGGAAACCCCCAUUUUAUGAACUGGGAGAGCCGCAAGCAGCCAUGUUUAAGGUGGGGAUGUUUAAAAUACACCCAGAAAUUCCUGAAUCCAUGUCUGCAGAAGCCAAGGCUUUCAUAUUGCGUUGCUUUGAACCAGAUCCUGAUAAACGAGCUUUUGCUCAUGAGCUACUUAUAGAUGAAUUCUUGAAGGUUUCAAGCAAGAAGAGAAAGUCUCCUUCAAAGCUCUCAGUCCUUUCAGCUAACACAAAUGAGUAUCUUCGGAGCAUAUCCUUACCUGUCCCUGUUCUGGUGGAAGAUACAAGUAGCAGCAGUGAAUAUGGCUCUGUCUCACCUGAUACAGAAUUAAAAAUUGAUCCAUUCUCUUUCAAAACAAGAGCCAAAUCCUGUGGAGAAAAAGAUGGGAAGGGAAUCCGCUCCCUUUUUCUGAGCAUCCCGGAUGAACAUUUUGAGGAUCACAGUGCACCUCCUUCACCUGAAGAGAAAGAUUCUGGUUUUUUCAUGCUGAAGAAGGAUAGUGAAAGGAGAGCCACCCUGCACAGAAUAUUAACUGAGGACCAAGAGCAGGUGGUGAGGAACCUGAUGGAAGCUUUGACUCAGGGAGCUGAAGAACCCAAGCUAAAAUGGGAACAUAUCACAACACUUGUUUCCAGCCUCAGAGAGUUUGUACGGUCCACUGAUCGCAAAAUCAUCGCAACCACACUUUCAAAAUUGAAGCUGGAGUUGGACUUUGACAGCCACGGUAUCAGCCAAGUGCAGCUUGUGUUGUUUGGUUUUCAAGAUGCUGUCAAUAAAGUUCUCCGAAAUCAUAAUAUUAAGCCACAUUGGAUGUUUGCACUGGACAGCAUAAUCAGAAAAGCUGUGCAGACUGCUAUUACAAUUCUGGUCCCAGAAUUGAGGCCACAUUUUAGCCUUGCAUCUGAAAGUGAUACAGCCGAUCAAGAUGAUAUAGAAGUUGAAGAUCAAGAUGAACAGCCUCAGAAUCAAACCAUCCAGCAGCCUUGCAUUGUCUUGGAAGAUGCAGUAGCUACCUCAGGUGUAAGCACACUCAGCUCUACGGUGUCCCAUGACUCCCAGGCCGCUCACAGAUCACUGAGUGUCCAGCUGGGCAGGCUAAAAUUGGAGACAAACAGGUUAUUGGAGGAGUUAGUUCAAAAGGAGAGAGAAUUUCAAGUCCUCUUGCAUCAAGCUAUAGAAGAAAAAGAUCAAGAGAUCAGGAACCUACAGCUCAGGUCACAGCCAAUAGAUAUUCCUGGAUCGUCUGUCCGUCAUCGUCAUUCCACUGGCACAGGGACCGAAGACCCUGAUCUCAUAAACUGGCUGAGAGUUCAUGGAGCUGAUGAGGCCACGAUAAACAAGUUCUUGGCUGAAGACUAUACCUUAACGGAUGUUCUCUGCUAUGUUACACGAGAUGAUCUGAAAUGUUUGAGACUGAGAGGAGGAAUGCUGUGCACGCUCUGGAAGGCGAUCACUGACUUUCGAGAGAAACACGCCUGACACUGAUAUUUUUUUCUUUGCUUCUCUGCAGAGAUGAAAAGAUUUCCUUUCAGCCAGAGCAGGUGUGCUGUCAGAAGGACUGUUGCACUUUAAUCCAGUAUUUGUUUACCAAUGUUAAAAACACUGCAGCUUCCUGACUGCUUUUACUCCUAUAAUCCAUAAGGAAUCUGUAAACAACCUGCAACAUUAUUUUACUUUAAAUGUUUUUACAUGCAAGUUUUUCAAAAAUUUUUAGAAAACUUACACACAAAAAUUAUAAACUCAUGAAAUAUUGUAGUUAAAGUAAGCAGAUGUUAAUUUCAUGACAAGCUGAUGUAAGAUUUCAUGUAACAGUACAUCACUGGAACAAAAGCAAAAUGUGACAACUUUUCAAUUUCUUUGUAAUAUAUAUCAAUAUUAUCUGUAGUAGAGCUUCAUAAUUUCAAUCAUAAUUAGAUAUUUUUCUUUUAGCGUGCAAAACCUAAAGGUAAUUGUUUUUACCUACAGCCCUACAUAGUUUAAUAUUGUUUAUUUUUGGUAAUUUAAGUUCUAUGGUGCAUUUGUUUUAGAGUUGUUUAUGUACUACUGAACUGUACCAGUUGUAUACACCUGAACCACGGUAAUGUUAGCUUGUUCUAAAGCUAUCUCUGACAUACACAAUUGAAAAUAAAAAUAACCUAAGACUUACUUUUUCCUAUAUUUUUGGACUUAUAAAAUAAUAACAAUGGUGUAGAACUGGAAAAUAUUGGAAUAAAAAAAAAGAAAAAAAUCAUGCUGAGUAAUACUGAGUAUCAAGGGGACCUUUCUGAUGCAUCUUACAUUUACUGUGAUUUGAGAAUGAUAACCUAGCAUUAAAUAUUUUCUUGGUUUUUCUAUUCAGUCUAAUUACAGUACUAA